AUGAUUGAACGGGCGGUGGCAAGCCUGGAGUCGGGCCACCUCCAGCGCGCCAUCCCCAAGCCUCGACGGGCCGCACACAAGUCCCGUCAACUUCACACGGGCUUCUGGCAGCAUGGCGCCUCCGCCCUCGAGUUGUCCACCUUCUGGCCAUUUUCUGCCAGCGAGCCUGUGCAUGAUGAGACGGCGGCCAAGUCGGUGGUCUCGGAGCUGAUUGAACCCAGACUUGUCGCCACCUCCUUUCUCCUCGACUUUCUAUAUCCCAACGACACGCAAUCCUUCCUGCAUCGGGUACUGGCGCCAAGGCCAAAGGCGAACCGCUUACGGCCGCUGCGGCGGAGGCAGUACUCGGCGCACCACAUGGUCUCGCUCCAGCGAAGCGAGCCUUCGAUACUGUGCACUUCUGCGUUUGGGGACAGCGUACGAACAUCUCCGGCUGCGCCCACACACCGUCAGCCAAUACCCACGGUGAAAUCGGAAGCAGUAGAAGCGGAAGCAGUUGAAGAAUCCCUUGCAACGCAGGAAACGACCGAGGCUGUUGAACUCGCAAAUCCGAAAACAUCCGAAGACGUCUUUCUCCGCCAAUUCAGCUCACGAGUUUCGGGUGCGAGACCUGUUGUCGACGACGCCUGGAGCAGCUAUCAAAAAGCUUCCCGUGAAGAGCAGAAGGCGCAGCGUCCUGGGCUCAUCAUGAGUUUUGCGAAAACGGACGAUUAUGUCGAAUGUGCCCGGGCGGCUGCUCUUUUUCAAGAGCUUCCGCAAGAAAAAUGGACCGACGAGCUGCUCUCCGCCGGGAUUCGAUCGCUUGCCGUAUGCGGCAAAUUCAGUUCCGCCUUCACCAAGUUCCGAGAGGGUCUCCGAUACAAUUAUGUUGGUGGCAUGCAGUACAUUGUUGCCAGCGCUUUUGCCGCCCACAACUGGCAAGAACUAUUUCAAGUAUGGUUCAAGUACUCAGACCUCAUUCAGCAGCAUGCAGACAAGACCAUCCCUUUUGACCAUCUUUCAUUUGUGCCGAAAAUGGACACGCUCUUUGCAGCAUUCGAAAAGCAUGUCAGAUACACGGGUCUGGCCCAAAUUCGAGCAGAAAACAAGGGACUCUACUCACGAAAAACGUUCGACAAGUUGCGGCAGCUAAUGGUACAAUCCGUACUGGCGAAACCCUGUCGGCCGAACAGAGCCAUGGACAUUCUUUCCCACCACAAUCACAGCGCGUAUUACCAAUUAUACAUCGAAUCAGUCCUUCAGUCGGCCAAGAAUGGGAAGCAAUCCAAAUCUACACUGAGGCAGCUCGGCAAUAUAUAUGGCGAAUACCGCCAGCGACCUGAUGCUCUUUUUACAAACGACAUCCUCCGAGGCAUGUUUAAGCUGUUUCACCCGACCAACCCUGCUGGGUUGGCACAGCUUUUCCAGGACUGGAUUAAAUCAGACGGGGGCCUAGACAAGUGGGCCUAUGAACAUUUCUUGGUCUUUUACGCCGACUCGGGUGAUAUCACUGCUGUCCGCGAUCUGUGGCAGCGAUAUAUCACAGCUUUUCCUGAUGCUGCAAACGAAGUCAGUGUCUUUUACAGUCUUCUGGAUGCAUAUGCUCAAUCCGGCGAUGUCACUGGUGCCGAAAAGGAGAUAUCCACCAUGAAGGAGUCUGGCAUUCAACCCGACAUAGUGGUUGACAAUGCUCUGCUCAAAUGCCACGUCAGAGCAGGCAACUACGAAGAAUCCAAGUCGUGUUUCGCAGCAAGUCUCAAGCAGCAUGGCCCGAGCGCCAAGGCAUUCGAGCACAUGCUGGAGCUUCAUUCCGCGAACGGAGACUUGGAGCAGACACUGGCGCUCUUCAACCAGGCUCAAGCUGCCCUGCUCCGGCCUUCAGAGAGCAUGGCUACAUCUCUUGUGGUGGCGUAUUUACACAAUGGCCUUAUACAAGAAGCGGAGCAAAUCUGUCGAGAAAUGGCACGCCGCGGCAUUACGAGCACGGAGAUAUGGAACAGACUGAUACAAGCAUAUGCCACCGCCGGUAAGCUGGACAAGUGCUUCCAGCUACUGCCAGCAAUGCAGAGCAACAACCUUGCAUGGGACCACGAUACUUGUCAGGCAGUCCUCAUAGCGCAAGGACGCGCCAAGCAGACCGCUUCGGCGUACCGUCUCCUUCGCAGUGCCGUCGCAGACAAUCUGCUGCCAAUAACGGCCGAUCAUUUUGCUAUUGUCAUGAACAGUGCCAUUGGAACCAACCAAGCCGCGCUUGUGGAUAUUCUCAGUACGCAGAUGGAGAGUGCAGGCAUUCAACCCAACUUUGCAACGCACUUGGCCCGCUUCCAAGCUGGAUCUUUGCGCGCACCCACGGCCGACCGUACGGCACGACUCGCCAAGGAGCUUGUACAAUACAUGCGAGAACUCGCGCAUGACACGGCGGCCCUGCCGGGACAGCGAAAGACUGGUCCAUACACGGCGGCCAUGAAGGACGUCGCUGAGCUCAACAGAGAGCUCCGCGAUAUCGGAGACGCACUCAAGCUACUGAUCGACAAGCGCGAAAUGGCCCUCGCCGAAGACUUGGUGGCACUAUACGUGAAGCUGCGCCCCGUCUCUCAGCACGGCGAGCACAUGCCCUCGGACGUCCUAAGCGCCCUAAUGGCCGCCUACCUGCAGGACGGCCGCCACGAGCGCGUCCUGCAGCUCUGGGCAGUGCUUCUAAAGGACGUCCGCCGCCGGACCGAGAACCCCGCCACGAAGAGCAUCUUCCCCGUGCACGCCUACCACCUCAGCGGGCCCAUGGCCCACGUCGCCGAGGUGUACCGCGCCGCCGGCGACGGCAAGCGGCUGCUCGCCUGCACGCAGGCUGCCCUCGACGCGGGCUUCAAGUUCACCCGCGACACGUGGAACACGCUCAUCGCAUGCCUCGCGGACGUCGGCCAGUGGGAGCACGCCAUGAACUGGUGCGAGACGCUGCUCAUGCCCCGCUGGCGCGGCUGGCACGGGCCGCGUCGUCUCCCGCUUGCCGAGCGCCAUGAGCUCACCAAUCCCCACGUGCUCGUUGCAUCGCAAACGGCCGUGCUCAGCCUCCAGCGCGAGUGGCUCCGCCUGCGGAAGCUCGCUGCGUGGUCGGCGGGCGUCACCGCCAAGCUGCAGCGCAUCGAGACGCAGUAUCCGCGCCUGCACCAUGCGUUCACCACGGUGGACGUCGCGGAUCUGCCGGAUACCUGGACGAAUAACGACGGCGGCGUCGGGGGGCAGAGGCGGAAAAGUCUAAACAAGGCCAUUAUCCAGGACAUGCUGGGUUCCAUGGCCUUGAAGGACCUGUUGUCGAUGCGGUUGACGCUCGGCGCGCAGCUCAAUGCGAAAAAGGAGCGCAGGGGCAAGACGUGGGCGAAGAAAUGGGGACGGGUGUAUGUCCCGCCCAAGGGGAAGAGGCAGAGGUUCUGA